AUGGCGGCACGGGACACCCGCUGGACUCAAACAUUCAGCAAUCCCACAGUUCACCUACACCUCGUCAACGCCCCCAAAAUGGCCACCGUAAUCGUCUUCGGCCCAACAGGCAACAUUGCCUCCGUUGCCGCCCAAACCGCCCACCAGAAUGGCGCCAAAGUCUGGCUCGCCAUGCGCGACCCCUCCAAAGCGAUCCCAGGGCUCAACCCCUCCGCCGAGAAAGCCGGCAACUACUCGCGCAUCUACGCCGACCUUAGCAAGCCCGAAACCGUCGCCACGGCCGUCAAGACCGCGGGCGCCACACGGGCCUUCAUCUACGUCGCCCACGGCACGCCUGACCAUAUGAAGGGCACCGCCGAGGCGCUCAAGGCCGCCGGCGUCGAGUUUGUCGUGCUGCUAAGCAGCUUUACUAUUGGGAAUACUCCACCGGCGGACGUGCAGCCGACCGAGACGAUUCCGUACAUACAUGCGCGGGUCGAAGUCACGUUGGAUGAGGUUUACGGGCCGAAUGAGUAUGUGGCUGUGCGUCCUGGAGGAUUCGCUACGAAUCUGUUGCGGCAAAAGGAGGGGAUUCGUGCCGGGAAGGUAAACAUGUAUGGGCCCGGAUUUAAGAUUGAUUGCAUCACGCCCGUGGAUAUGGGCGGGGUGAUCGGGACGAUUUUGGCGGAAGGGCCGCCGCGGGAUGGGCAGCGCAAGAUCUUUUUAUAUGGUCCGCAGAUCAUGUCGCAGAAGCAGGGACUGAAGAUUAUUGGCGAGGUGCUAGGGAAGGAAUUCGAGGUUUCGGGUAUUGCCGCGGAGGAGGCGCGAGCGCAGUACCUUGCUAGGGGUGUUCCCAAGCCAAUGGUGAACUAUAUGAUUAGGUCGUUGGGGGACACAAACCCCGAGUUGGAAGAUGCUUCGUGGCUGGCGCAUUAUAAAGAAGGCGUGGAGAAUGUGAGGAAGUAUACGGGGAAGCCUGCCACCGUGUUCCGGGAGUGGGUUGAGGCAAGCUCGGAGCUCUUUAAGUGAGCCUGGGGAUUUGAUGGGAUAAAAGGACUUAUACAAAGCUAAGAGUAAGUAAAACUCGAAAAGACACGUACUAGACUUCAUGUUUUAGAUCUUCUGGGCUUUUCAAAGAUUUAUUAGAGCUCCCUUAUUCACACAUUU